UGGUAUAGGGGUAUCCAUCAUCGUCGACUUAAAUGUCAUUCAUCAGAAGUUGUCCUUGUUUUUGCAGGGAAAUACACUAAAACACACACAACCGAAAAUGGAAAUGCGCGAUCGGCUGUACCAAAUGAUGGUGAGCCAGAGCUUUAUGUCGAGAGGCACGGUGACCGCGAGCAUGGCCAAUUUUGCGAUUGGAAAUCUUAGAAGUUCCGAUGCUGUAGAAAAGAGAGUGAUCAAAAUUCUGCUGGUGAUCGAGGAGAAGUAUCGGAGUUACUUUGACAGCUAUAGGAAGGAGCUAGAGCUCCAGAGGAUAGCGGCAGAAACACUGCACCAGCUAAUCCAGCGCUACAAGAUCACCAUGCAGCUGGACACCAGCUGCACAUGUCCGCAGAUCUAUGAUAUCGAAUCGGAUGAUGCGAUCAUCAACAAGUUCUACAUCCACUAUCAGGUGAUAGCCAGUUCAAACAAGAAUCAGUGUUGGGCCAUCCAAAGCCUGCGUCCGUAUGUGCUUGUCUUUCGCCGUGAAUGUGCCAAGUUGAAUAGGAGCGAGGAGAGCCCCUUCAUUCUGGGCGAUGCCUUCCACAAGCCCAUUCAGUUCUUUAUCGACCUGGUGGAGGAGCUGUUCGCCUACUUCUACAGUGGACACCUUCAGCUGGAUUGCGCGGCGCGUCUGUUGGAUCCCUUGGAUCUGUACCGAAUGGAGUGCUACAUGAAGCUAUUGGAGCCCAACGAGGACUUUGCCGAAUACUUUCUGCACAACAUAAGCUUCUGCAAAUGCAUGCGGCCGCCACCGAUGUGUCCGCCGUACGAACACCAUCAGAAGAUCAAGGAUCAGUCCGACGCAUAUCUCAGUCAUGCCAAGAAGAAGCGAUGUGCCAGGCGGUUUGAGAGAAUGGCCCAAAACGAGGCACAGACUGCGAAGCGGGAAAGCGGCUCAGUGGAACGGAAAAUGUCCAUUGGCAGCGCGAGGACGACCAGGAGUCUAAGUCGGGAGGCUUCUGUCGUGGAAGAAGCCGUAUCCGUAUCCAAUCAGCAACAUGAACGCACCCUAAGGGAUCAGCUGAUGUGCGCCCUUAGCAUUUCCCCCGAAAAAAGGCACGACGCCACCAACCAAUGAGGUCAACUCGGAUUGUAAUCGAUCAAUUAAUUGGGCCAAGUGCACGUGAUUGCGUUCUCCGUUUCUCGGAAAUGCCGGCGGAAAUGUAGUUAUACCCAGUUAACUCAAUCCCUUCAAUAUUUGUGGCACGCAAAUGGGAGUUGUUUACCAAGUAAACUUCAAAGUGAUUAUGCACCUCAAUUCGGAGAUACUUUCAGCUGAGCACACUCGAUUAAAAGUGAGCUUAAGUUUUCACUUCAAUCAAGUGAGACACUUCAAAAUUUGUUGUCAGACGAACCCAUUGAAGUUUUUUCAAGUUGGCUUUAAAAUUAAAAAUGUGAUUCGUGAUUGAACAUUAUAAUCUGUAAACUGCAAAGCUAACAAACAAAUAUAAUAAAUUCAAUUCAGAGUAAUAUUUUUAUUGAUGCUCUAAGUGCCAUUUCAU